AUGAGCGAUGAGAAUGGUAUUUAUUGUAUCUGGCUUGAUCUUCAUAUAGGAAUUCUUGGAGAAUAUCAAACUUUCAAAGAGAAAUUUCAAAAGAGUCUUAAACCGAUUAAUGGUUUACCACCGAAUUCUAUUAAUAAUCUUAUAUUAUGUUUCGAGCAAGAAGUCGCUCCGAUUAAGUUUGUUUCGAAUAUAGAUGAUGCUUUGGCUUUGAUUCAAAAUGAAACUGACAAGAGAAUCAUUUUGAUCUCUUCAGGAUCAUUAGGCAAAGAUGCAGUUCCAUUGAUUUAUAAAAAUUAUCCACGUGUUUAUUCUUACUACUUUUUCUGUGCUAAUAUACUUAAUUACCUUGACUGGGCUAUGGACUAUUUACAUUGUUUGAAAAUCUUUGACCAUGAAACUGAUCUGCUGAUUCGUCUAACUCGCGAUAUUUCACAGGAAUUUAUUCGUUUGGGACGUUCAUAUCUAGCAGUAUACGAUGGUGAAAGUGCUCGAAAAUGUUUCGUAACUGCUGAAACACUGGAAACACAUGCUAAUGAUGCAAAUAGCCCGAAUCCUCCAGUUAGAAGGUGUCUCGAAAUGCUUCAAGGUCCAAAUGGUCUCAUUGAAAAGUCGCAGAAUUUAAAAGAUGAUCAAAGAACAGAUGAGACUAUAGCUUUUGUCGAUGAUAUUCAAUUUGUUCUUAUUGAUCUCUCAACAGCUAUGAACUUGACAGUGACAAGUAUUUUACACUUUCUUCAAAUAUUUCUUCCGUCAGAAACAAUAUCCGUGAUUGAUAAUUUAUCAAUCGAUAAAAUCAUUCAGCUUAUCAAGAAGCCUGCAUGUUUAUUCACAAGAAACAAUGAUGUAUUUCAACUAUUAAUACAACGUUUAGGUUCAAACAAUCUAUUAAUUUAUACGAUUGAAGAUGAUACUAAACUAGUCGAUGGAAUAACACGUUAUAGUAACGUCGACGAUCUCGUCGAUAAAUUGGUUGAACUAGUUGUUAAAAAAUAUCAACAACAAGCAGAAACACAUAUGCAUGAAGGACAACGUCAACUAGCUGAUAUUGAAAUCAGAAUGGCUAAUCGUAUAGAGUAUGAAGUGCAGAAAUUAAGAGAAUCAUAA